AUGCAUCCCUUCUUCGUCAUCCUCGCUGUUAUUAGCAGCCUCUCUUCCUUGGCCUCUGCCGCUAGCCGCCUAUAUGUCUUUAAUAACUGCACUUUCCCCGUCUAUCCCUGGGGGGUCGAUCCUGUUCCGCCGAGCGAAAACGCCCACCUUCCGCCAUUCCAAGAGGAAUUCUACGUUAUGUGGCCUCGUCCUAUGGGUAAUUCCAUCAAGGUCACCACUGGCCUUUGGGACGGUGUGCCUCGAAUCGCCUUUACCUACGAUGGUGGCACCAACGGGAUGUUUUACGUUCUAAACAAUGAGUUUGGAGACCCCUUUGAAUAUUUCCCAGUCACGGCCACUCCUUUAAACCCUACGGGUCCUCGUUGCGACCCAAUUCAUUGGCCUAAUGGUUUGAAUCCAGGUGGCCACACGCCGGUCAGAACAUGCCCACUGAACACCAACUUCCGUCUAACUCUUUGCGGUACCGGAUGA